AUGCCAUCUGUUUUCUGCCGGGACACAGAAAGCACACGAAUGCCAUCCGUCAGAGGUGACUGCGCGUCUCCAGAGGACAGUGACAGCCUUGCUGAGAACCGGCACCACCGAAGCAGAAGAGGUUCAGCUCAACUACUAUUUAGAACAGUCAAAUCUGCAGAAUACACCAAGUGCAAUGAAACUGUCGUCAUCCCUUGCCACGUCACUAAUGUGGAGCCACAAAGCACCGAAGAAAUGUACGUGAAGUGGAAGUUAAACGAAACAUAUAUUUUCAUCUAUGACGGAAGUAAAAACAACUUUACCGUAGAGGCCAACUUCAGCAGUGCGAAAAUCUCAGUCUCAGACUUACUGAAAGGCGAUGCCUCUUUGAAAAUGAGUAGGACUCAGGCCGUCGUGGGAAACUACACGUGUGAAGUCACAGAAUUAUCCAGAGAAGGCAAAACAGUUAUAGAGCUGAAACACCGUAUGGACUCCAACUCUAGCCACGGAGCAGACUGUUCUAACCACACUACCCCGGCAGGGGACAAGAAGGAGAAAGGAGGUUGCACAUUAGCGUCAUGGUUUUCUCCAAAUGAAAAGAUCCUCAUUGUUAUUUUCCCAAUUUUGGCUAUACUCCUGUUCUGGGGAAAGUUCGGUAUUUUAACACUUAAAUAUAAAUCCACUCGAACGAAUAAGAAGAUCAUUCUGCUGCUCGUCGCCGGGUCGGUGCUCACUGUCAUCGUCAUUGUUGGAGCCAUUCUUCUCAUACCAGGAGAAAACCCUGUAAAAAGUGCUUCUGGACUUGGCCUCAUUGUCAUCUCUAUAGGAAUAUUAAUACCGCUUCAGUACAAUGUGUUUAUGACAGCGUUUGGAAUGGCCUCUUUCACCAUUGCCAUAUUGAUCACUCAAGUGCUGGGCUACGUCCUUGCUCUGGUUGGACUGUGUCUCUGCAUCAUGGCUUGUGAGCCAGUGCAUGGCCCCCUUUUGAUUUCAGGUCUGGGUAUCAUAGCUCUAGCAGAACUACUUGGCCUAGUUUAUAUGAAAUUUGUUGCUUCCAACCAGAGGACUAUACAACCUCCUAGGAAAGCUGUAGAGGAACCCCUUAACGCAUUUAAAGAAUCAAAAGGAAUGAUGAAUGAUGAAUAAGUGAGGGGCAGUGAUGGACUGUGCCUGGAGAGUCAGAUGCGAAGGAACACAGUGUGUCUAAGCACCACGGCCCUGCUGACUCUGAGAAGAAAACGUAAACAGCAGUAACUGACUUUCAUCUAUGGAAGACGCGUUGGCCCAUAGAUGAUAAUCAAAGCAGCUGUAAUUUACUUAAUAAAAGAAUCAUGAUUGUGUUGUGUAA